AUGACGGCCUCUGUCCUUACCACUUCGGCCGCGAACCACCCCGACAUCGACGAGAAGAGACAUGAAAAGACAUUUCAAGAUGGGACAGGCGAUGAAUCAACAAUUGACCCAUCUCGGUCAGUCUCGCAGUCCGAGAUAGAAUGGGAUCCCGUUGUGGAGGCUAAGGCGAGGAGAAAAGUGGACUCUUCGGUUCUACUCCUCCUAGUCCUUGGUCUGCUCGUCUUUCAACUGGAUCGUAUGAACCUUGCGAGUGCCCUCACCGGAGGCUUUGCCGCGGAUAUCAAGGUCAAACAAGACACCAUCAACUUGGGAAACCAACUCAUGUUUAUGGGAAUCGUCAUCUUGGAAAUCCCUUGCAACAUGGCACUUCAACGGCUCGGCCCGCGCAAGUGGAUUUCAGCCCAGGUCUUCAUCUUUGGUCUGGUGGCUACCAUGCAGGUCUUUGUUAAGAACCGAGCUGGAUUCUUGGUUGCGCGUCUGAUGCUGGGCCUUGCGGAGGCUGGGUACAUUCCCGGCGCUGUUUAUACCUUGUCGACGUGGUAUACCAAGCGUGAGCUUGCCAAGAGAGUAUCUGUACUCUUCUUUGGAAUGUUUGGUGGUAACGCCAUUAGUCCGAUUUUGGCUUCUGGUAUUCUGAAACUGGACAAUGCCCGUGGCAUCCGGGGAUGGCAGUGGCUCUUCUUACUUGAAGGUCUCUUUACAGUGGUUGUCUCUUUCAUCUUGCUCGGCUUUCUCCCUGGAAGUCCCGAUGUCCCUCGACCAUUGGUUGGACCUGGUCUCGUGCGGUUCUCUCAAGAGGAACAGGAGACACUUCAGCGGAGACUCGAGAGGGAUGACAGGAUAGGCAAACGCCCGGGGGUCCAGGGACUGGCUAUCGAUUGGAAGCUGGUCUGGAAGACGGUGACACAUUAUCGUCGUUGGCCGCACUAUGUCUCGACUUUUGCCGUCUUUUCAACCUGGUCGCCCUUGACGACUUACACGCCGUCGAUCAUCAUGGCUCUUGGGUUCGACCGCAUCGCCGCAAAUGCCCUCGCUGCCGUCGGUGCCUCACUGGCCCUCCCAGUUGUCUUCGGUUUUGCCUACCUAAGCGACCGAACGAACCGUCGAGGCGGCGCCGUCGUCGGAGCUCACAUCUGCUACCUCAUCACACUGAUUGUAGCCCGACAGGCUCAUCCUCAUGUCGGCAAGUGGUCGAGAUGGGGGCUCUGGACGGCCGUCAACAGCUUCGCUGUUGGAUACCACCCUGUGCACAAUUCUUGGGUUCAACUCAACUGUCGUGAGGCGGGUGAGAGAAGUAUUGCUAUUGCGAUGUGGGUAAUGUCAGCAAUUAGCGGGCUGAUGGUUGGCACCCAGUAUUUCCAGGCGAGCGACACUCCAUUGUAA